CCCCACGGUACUCUGAUAAUUCUUGAAUUUGAUCUCUUUUCACUCCUGGUCGACCUUGCGAUUCAGAAGAAGCAUCAAGAAACCGCCGAUCAUUCUCUCUGUUUCUCUUCAACGAUGCAACAAGGAGAUUACAGCUCCUACUACCAUCAAUAUCCUCACCUCCCAAACCCUAAUCCUAAUCCCAAUCCGGUUCCCCCCGAUCUCCCCCAAAACCCUUAUGCAUCGGCUCCACCCUUCAAUACUGGGUACGCUUCCCCCGAUUACCCUGUUUUUUCUUCCAAUUACCCUCCCUAUCCUCAAAAUCCCGAUCCUGUUCCCCCUACGGCUCCUUCCUUUUCUUCAACACCACCAUCGCCGAUAACCCCAAACCCUAAUCUUUCCUCAUCCUUCAAUCAGCCGCUACCACAGGCACCGCAGACUUCCACGUACGCGCCGUAUGAUUCCAGUGGAUCUUAUCAGCAAUCAUCUGCGCAGCAAACCUAUUAUCCACCCUAUGAUCAGCAUCAGACGGGCUCCGGUUAUACGCCUCCUCCUUCUUCGGUUCCGCCAAUCCCUAAUUCUAAUGCCAAUCCAUCUUACUCAUCCACGUAUUCCGGUUUCAGUAAUGUAGGGUCAUCGGUGUCGCCUAUUUAUGAUAAUCCGUACGACAAUUCGGUGAAAUUUGAUCAAGGCAGCGGUUAUUUCGAUGACAGAUACGAUGGUUAUAAUAGGGGCAGGUCAGAUUUGGGCUCUGAUCCCUAUGGAAAAAGAUCUGACAAUGGUGGUUAUCCGCGUUAUAAUGAUAGCUACGGCGAUGGGGUGUAUGCUUAUGAAGGAGGGAAGGUUGAGCCUUAUGGGGCUCGUGGCACGGCACCGAAAUCGUCUACUUGGGCCAUGUUCGAUGAUUAUGGUCGUUCUAUUAGCUUCCCUUCAGGGAAAGAUUCGCCUCCGGCUAAGAUCGUGAAAGCCGUACCGAAGGCGGAGACUCAGCAGGAUGUCAAGAGUGGGGUCCAGAAGUUUCGCGUCAAGCUAUUGCCAGAAAGUGGAGGACAGAGCACAAUGGAUGUUCUUUGCCAGAUUGGUUUAGAUGGCAUCCGAAUGCUUGAUCCUGGUACUAAUCGGACUCUGAGAAUAUAUCCUCUUGAAAAUAUUACCAGAUGUGAUGUGACUGAUUCAUCAACAUUUGCUUUUUGGUCCAAGAGCUCCGUGGACAUUGAACCUCGGCGCAUCAGGUUGCAAUCAAAUAGUUAUACUACCAGCACACUGUUGGACACAGUAACCGCUGCAACUGUACAGUUUAAGGAGAUGGGUGGAAGAAUCAAGCCUUCUGAUUCUAUAAAGACAGCUGAGCAGUCUGCAGAGAAGAAGAAAGGAUUUGCUGAUUGGAUGAACUUGAUAAAGCCUGCCAAUGAAGAGAAAGAUCAUUGGGUACCAGAUGAAGCUGUCACAAAGUGUACAUCAUGUGGUACAGAUUUUGGGGCUUUUGUGCGCAAGCAUCAUUGCAGGAACUGUGGUGAUAUUUUCUGUGACAAGUGUACCCAUGGUAGAAUUGCUCUCACUGUUGACGAGAAUGCUCAGCCAGUUAGAGUUUGUGAUCGGUGCAUGGCAGAAGUGACUCAGAGGCUGAGUAAUGCCAAGGAAGCAGCCAGUAAACCUACUGGCUUGCAGAGUCACGAGGAUCUUGCAAGGAAGCUUCAGGAGGAGAUGGAGAAAAAUCGGAAGACACUGUCAGGGUCGAGGUCUGAUGGAUCUGGGAGACGAAUGAAGGAAGUUGCCUGUCCUACCUGCACUGUCCAUUUACAGGUUCAAGUUCCCAGCUCGGGUUCGGAGACCAUUGAAUGUGGGGUUUGCCAGCAUCCGUUCCUUGUGAGUGCUCAUUGAUUAUGCGACCGUGGCAAAUUAAUAAUUUGGAAUUAGCAAGUAUGUCCAUUUGUUGGGGGUUGGUUGAUAGUGUUAAUUUAUUUUAUUAUCUUGACGUCCUCAGCGUGUAUAUGAAAUUCCAACGUAAAAAGUUAUGUAAUGCCUGUAUAAAAAAGCUUUCAAAACGAAUGCAGUUAAUUUGUUUUACAGUUUGCA